UUACUGAUCCAUUCAACCUGAGAAGACAGCCACCUCCAGCUUUCCACACAUCACAAGCUUUUCUAGACGACAUUGAGUAAAACGUACUUUACUAGGAUUUAUUCAUGUCAUUUCAGGAUAGAACUACAGAAUUUCAAGCAUGUGUUGCAAAUACCAGAGCUCGAAUGAGGAUUUCAUCUUCAAAUGCAACGAUGAACAAUGCGUUGCAAGCAAAGCAUCAAAAGAGCGAAUUUACAACAGUUGCGAAAAAAAUAGCUUAUAAGAUCAACGAGACUGGAAAACAUCUACAACGUUUAUCGCAGCUCGCCAAAAGGAAAACAUUGUUUGAUGAUCGGCCAGUGGAAAUUCAGGAACUGACAUACCAUAUUAAACAAAGUCUGUCAUCUUUAAACUCAGACAUUGCUUCUCUGCAACAAAUUGUUCGUCAAACCUCAAAGGGGUCUCGAAAUAAGCCUGCCCAAAUCAACCAGCACAAUGAGAACAUUGUCGUUUCUCUCCAAAACUCCCUUGCUGAUACCAGUAUGAAUUUUAAAGAUAUUUUGGAAGUUCGCACACAAAAUAUGAAAGCUUCCCAAAACCGAACAGAAAAGUUUGUUGCUUCUACUUCUCUAAACACCAACCCUCUUACCAACAAUGAUGCGACUGCAUCACCUUUUAAUUAUGAUGAAUCUGAGCCAAAUGAAGACUACCUCGCUUUAAAUUUAGGAGAAGGUGCAAAUACCAGAUACGAACAAAUGGCGUUGUUGGAAAAUCAAACAGAUGUUUACUCACAACAAAGGAUGUCUUCCAUCGAAAGCAUUGAAAGUACCAUUUCUGAACUUGGUGGAAUUUUUUCUCAAUUAGCUCAAAUGGUGUCCGAACAACGUGAAACGGUCCAAAGAAUUGAUCUUUACACUGACGAUAUAGCCUCGAACAUAGGUAGUGCUCAAAGAGAAAUCCUGAAGUUUUACGAUAGGGUAUCUUCGAAUCGUGCGUUACUGUUCAAAGUCUUCGGCAUACUAAUAGUCUUUUUCCUUUUGUGGGUACUUGUAACUUAAUUUGUGUUUUACAACUGGCUACUCCUCUAAUUUCUCCGUAUCCGUAUUAUGAUUUGAUAAUUCACUAUCGCCGUUUUCUUGUUCUUUUUUUUUUUUUUUUUAUUUUCUGGUUAUUGAUUAUGAAUUGCCGCUUCCUUUUACGUCACAGCAUUGUUUUUUUUCAUUUCCCAUAUAUUCCUGGAAUACUAGUCAAUACAUUCCUUGAUAUUUCACUCCUUUGAUUUUGGUAUGAACCUAAUCCUCCCCAUCAUUAUCCGUUUCCAUUUGUUGUAUACUCUCUGUUUCCAACUCUUCUAAUUGCCAUCCAAUUUCAGACUUUUUUGGCAUAUAUUCCAUAACCUGAUAAGUCAGAGCUUCUAGUACAUUGUCACUACAAACUAGUUAGUAUUAAGCUGAAGCUUUUUUAAACCUUUAUUCACAUACUUUGCUGUUUGAAUCCAAUAAGCAUAGUCAUUAAUAAUCAUGGUGUUGUAGAUGUAGUACACAUCAUGAUGUUCAAAUAACGAUUUUAUACCAAGUAAAACGCGCAAAAUCCAUCUCUUUCCUAAGCUGAGAAUGGCAUGAGUAUCCUUCCAGCAUGUCUCUACCAAAUUCCAAUUUCGAUACAAAGGAUAGGCCAAGGCCCGACGGAAGCAUGCACAGGCUACAUCGUGGAUGGUAGAAAAAUUUGUAUCAAGGCAUGCAACAUUAGGAGCCAUUAUUCCUAUAUUCCAGCCAGAUUCACUGCUAGGGUCACCUAAAGUUGUCCGAUGAUCAUAAGCAUAAGCGAAAAUCAAUGCCACCAGAUUAAGGUAAAUUCUUUUUGGAUUUUCAAUAAUGUACGAUUUUCUAGGAAGCGAAAGUAAAUUUUGCUUUUCAUUCUCGGUAAAUUCGAAAGAUAUUGGGUCACCGGCUUUAGCAUGCCUGUACAAUUCAACAUACUUAGGGGUGUAAGCAAUCAAUUCAUCAAUCAUCUCAUGAUCAUGAAAAUCAGCUAAAUAGUACUCCGGGUCAAACUUUUCAUCUUCUGUUUGCUUCCGGAUUUCGCUCCUCUGUAGCGGAUCUGUAACUUCAGGCUCCGGCAACACAUUAAUCUCAUUUCCCUCCAAGUAUUUAAGCAAUCCAGUAUAUUGAUCGUUAAAUCCGUAAUUCACUGUAGAUGUAUACUUCAUCUAUGAACUAUUAGCAUAAAUCGCCAAGUAUAUUGGAUAGCAAGCUGUUCUACCAUACCUUCUUGUCUUCCAUUCUUUGAAGCAAACCCCAAUCAAAAUCUGGGUCAUCAAAACGAAUAUUUCUCCAGUCUAUUUCUGGAUUAAUAUCGUCCGCUUGUACAUCUCCUUCCGUAUUUGCUGCAGAUGGGAUAUCGUUUACUUCUUCAAUCAAUGCUUUUUUUGGUGCCUCCGGCCUUUCUUUAUUGGCAAGCAAGGUUGUCAAUAAAUCUAAAUUAGGAAAUUCUUCGCCGGGAUUUUCCUUUGCAAAUUUAAUAUGUAUCAUUCCUUUUCCAAUGUCAUAGGAAGCAUGAGCUCGUUCAUCGUCUAAGACGUUUCCUGGAAGCUCUAAUCUUAGCUCUUGUUAAUGAAAUGCGUUAAUAAAAGGAUUAUCUUACUUCAAAAAAUAUGGAGCAAUGCAAAAGUGGAUCUCUGAUCCCAUCGCCUCAAUUUCAGCAUUUUGCGCCUAAAUGUGUAAGUCGUAAUAUUUUUAAAGGUCAUUCUUUACCUUAAUAUGAGGAGCCUGAAUACUCAAAUAAAUAAAGUCUGCAUCUUGCCGCAAUUCAAAUUUUGGAGUAAUCAUUGUUUAGGACAGGUUUAUGCAAAGACUUAAUUCCAACAUUCAUUUCUAAUUCAGUAAUGAAAGCACCAUCUAUUUGAAUUAUUGUUAGUAGAAAAUAUAAACUAGAAGAAGAAAGCAUCUUUUUCCUAGAUUCAUUACUCUGCUCCAAAACGCAAGGUGAGGUUCUACGAGCUCAUUCUAAGAGAGGCUCUUUGAUAGCUUUUACCUAGUUUUGUUUUCACUUCUCUUUUCAUUCACUAAUGAACAAAAAACGAAACAAUCAUUGUUUGAGCUUCCUUACUCAAAGACUACCAUCAAAAGAAAGGUGAAUUAAAUAUAUCCAUCGAGAUCCUGAUGUCUAAAAGUCUUUUCUAAAAUAAUUAUUAGAUUGUAAAUAAAAGUUGAUGAUGCAUUCACAGUUUUGGUCAAUGCGUUUAUUCUUUUUAGGUACGCUCAGAUAUAGCUGACCUAUGUAUUCUAAAGGUAUUUUCAUUUAAUUUAUUGAAUCUCAACUGCUAAAUUCCUCUCACAUAUUGAACUGAAAUUCUUUUUAGCUAACAAGUAUAUAAGAGAGAAGUAGUAACUACAGGGUUUAGAACGUUAUUCGUUUCGUUGGUACAUAUAUAAAGAAGAAAGAGUUUCAUGAUUUUAAGUAACGUUGGAACUCUCGCCAAUUUAGUUGUCGAUAUAUUCAGACCCACUCAUGUAAUAAAAUGAAUGAAACUACCUCCUCUCUGCAAAG